CUUUCGCUUUUUCCCUCCCCAAAUUUUGAAUCUUUCUGUGGAGUCGAAAACCCAACAGAACAUUGCAAAAACAGUCUCCCAAAGAAAAGGAAAAAAAAAAGAAUCUAAAACUAAAAUCAAAGAAAAGAAAAAGCGAAAAGGGAAAAGGGAAAUUAGAGAGAAAAUUAAGUGAACCACGGACGAUCUGAGGAAAAGAUGAUGAAAUUUUUUGGUAAAGGAAAAGACUCCGCCGUUGAUGUGUCGCCGCCGUCGUUUGGUCAUUCGGCGUCUGCAUCGGCGUCAGGGCCUCCGGUUACCGGUCCCGCAAGGCCUGUACGGUUAUUAUACUGCGACGAGAAAGGGAGGUUUAGGAUGGAUCCGGAAGCGGUCGCUGCUUUGCAGCUUGUUAAGGAACCAAUUGGAGUCGUUUCGGUUUGUGGCCGGGCUCGUCAAGGCAAGAGCUUCAUUUUGAAUCAGCUUCUUGGAAGGAGUAGUGGAUUUCAAGUGGCACCAACUCAUCGUCCGUGUACAAAAGGCCUUUGGUUGUGGAGUGCACCCUUGAAGAGAACUGCUCUUGAUGGAACCAAGUACAACCUUUUGCUAUUAGAUUCUGAAGGAAUAGAUGCCUAUGAUCAAACGGGUACGUACAGCACUCAAAUAUUUUCAUUAGCAGUCCUUUUAUCUAGCAUGUUCAUUUACAACCAGAUGGGAGGUAUAGAUGAAGCUGCAUUGGAUCGUCUCUCUCUUGUCACUCAAAUGACGAAACAUAUACGAGUCAAAGCUGGAGGAAGAACAACCUCAGCUUCUGAACUUGCACAGUUCUCUCCAAUCUUUGUUUGGCUUCUGAGGGAUUUUUAUCUGGAUUUGACGGAAGAUAAUAGGAAAAUAACUCCCCGUGACUACCUAGAGCUUGCUUUACGAUCAGUUCAAGGUAGCGGGAAAGACAUAGCUUCCAAGAAUGAGAUCCGAGACUCUAUUCGAGCUUUAUUUCCCGACAGAGAAUGCUUUACUCUUGUGAGGCCUUUGAGCAAUGAAAAUGAUCUGCAAAGGCUUGAUCAAAUUUCGCUUGAGAAAUUGAGGCCUGAAUUUCGAGCUGGGCUUGAUGCAUUUACAAAAUUUGUUUUUGAGAGAACAAGGCCGAAGCAGGUUGGGGGUACCGUAAUGACAGGGCCUGUUCUUAUUGGUAUUACACAAUCAUAUCUGGAUGCUUUGAAUAAUGGUGCAGUGCCUACAAUAUCUUCCUCAUGGCAGAGUGUUGAAGAAACUGAGUGUCGGAGGGCAUAUGAUUCUGCUGCUGAGAUUUAUAUGUCAAGUUUUGUCCAUACAAAGCCACCCGAGGAAGUGGCAUUGAGGGAGGCUCAUGAAGAAGCUAUGCAAAGGGCAAUGGCCGAGUACAAUGCUAGUGCAGUAGGUGUUGGUGCAACGAGAAAGAAAUAUGAGGAGCUUCUUCAGAAAUUCUUCAGAAAGGCAUUUGAGGACUAUAAAAGGAAUGCGUUUAUGGAAGCAGAUUUGCGAUGUUCAAAUGCCAUAGAAAGCAUGGGAAAGAGGAUGAGAGCAGCAUGUCAUGCAUCUGAUGCAAGUAUUGAUAAUGUUGUGAAGGUUCUUGAUGCUCUUCUAUCCGAGUAUGAAGCAUCAUGUCAUGGCCCUGGAAAAUGGCAGAAACUGACUGUAUUUUUACAGCAUAGUUUGGAGGGGCCAGUGCUGGAUUUAACCAAGAGGCUUAUAGAUCAGAUCGGAUCAGAGAAGAGUUCCCUUACAUUGAAAUGCCGUUCAAUUGAGGAUAAGAUGAAGUUACUCAGCAAGCAACUGGAGGAUAGUGAGAAAUACAAAUCUGAAUAUCUGAAGCGAUAUGAUGAUGCUAUCAAUGACAAAAACAAACUUGCUGAUGAAUAUGCUAGCCGUAUGAAUAAUUUGCAAGGUGAUAACAGUUCACUGAAAGAGAGAUGUUCCAGUUUAACAAAAGCACUAGAUUAUGCCAAGCAAGAAACAUUAGACUGGAGAAGAAAACAUGAUCAGGUCUUAUCAAAGCAGAAGGCCAAAGAAGAUCAGGCCACCUCAGAAAUUGAAGUGCUCAAGUCCCGGAGCACUGCUGCUGAAGCUAGGCUGGCUGCUUCCAAGGAGCAAGCUGAAUCUGCACAAGAGGAGGCAGAAGAGUGGAAAAGGAAGUAUGACUUUGCUGUUAGAGAGGCCAAAGCUGCUCUGGAGAAGGCAGCAAUUGUGCAAGAGCGGUCAAGCAAGGAAACUCAACUUAGGGAAGAUGCUUUGAGAGAAGAGUUUUCACAUAUAUUGGCUAAUAAGGAAGAGGAAAUAAAGGAAAAAUCGGCAAGGAUUGAACAUGCUGAGCAAUGCUUGACAACUCUAAAGUUGGAGUUGAAGGCUGCUGAGGCAAAGAUUAAGAGUUAUGAUGUAGAAGUAUCGUCUCUAAAGGUUGAAAUCAGGGGGCUAAUUGAUAAGGUAGAAAAUGCUAAUACCAAGGCCCAGUCAUUUGAGAGAGAAGCAAAGAUUUUGGAACAGGAGAAGAUCCAUUUGGAGCAGAAGUAUUCUUCUGAGUUCAGGAGAUUUGCAGAAGUAGAAGAAAGGUGUAGAGCAGCUGAGAAAGAAGCGAAGAAAGCAACAGAAUUGGCUGAUAGGGCACGGGAAGAAGCAGUAGCUGCCCAAAUGGAGAGAAGCGAGAUACAAAAGUUGGCAAUGAAAAGAUUGGCUCAGAUUGAAAGGGCCGAGAGGCAAAUAGAGAAUUUGGAGAGACAGAAAACAAACUUGGAGGAUGAACUGCAUAGAAUAAGUUUGUCGGAGAUGGAUGCAGUGUCAAAAGUCGGAUUAUUAGAAGCUAGAGUCGAAGAGAGGGAGAAAGAGAUCGAGUCAUUAUUAAGAGCAAACAAUGAUCAGAGGACUAGUACAGUUAAAGUCCUUCAAGAUCUUUUGGACUCUGAACGAGCAGCACAUGCAGAUGCAAAUGAAAGGGCCGAAGCCCUCUCUCUUCAGCUGCAAGCUGCACAAUCGAAACUUGAUUCACUCCAGCAGGAGUUGACUUCCGUCCGGCUUAAUGAAACGGCAUUGGGUGGUAAGCUCAAAUCCGCUUCCCAUGGAAAGAGAUCGAGGGCAGAUGAUGUGGAAAUGGGCGUGGGAUCCGUUCAAGAUACAGAAAUGAGUGACAGAAUUUUUAGAGCAAAUAAGAAGUCCAGGAGCACAACUAACCCCCACUUGUAUUCGCAAUCAGGCGAAGGCGGGUCAGUAUUCAAAGGCGGCGAUGACAGUCAGAAUCGGCAAAACAGUCAAGAAGAUUAUACAAAGUUCACCGUGCAGAAACUUAAACAGGAACUCACCAAACUAAACUUUGGCGCGGAGUUGCUUGCGCUGCGGAAUCCGAACAAGAAAGAAAUCCUUGCACUAUAUGAGAAAUGUGUCCUGCAGAAAUCAGAACAGUUGUAAGAGGGUAAUGCAUGUGUUCUACAUUUAGUCAAUAAUUUAGUGUGGUAGUUUCUUUUGUUUAAUAUUGAUUUUAAAUUAACAGCAAGGAUAA